UACCGGUGGGUCAAUCCAAUACUGAUUAUUUUAUUAAAAACUCGAGUUCUGGACGAUGGCGAUGGUCGAGAACAUUGUUUCAGACAGAGACCCUGGAAAGAGACAGCUAAUAAGUGCAGGGAGGCUUUCUCUACAACGCACGGAGGUGGCCAAGAUAUAGUUGGACUACAGGUAUAUUACACUGAUGGCUCUUCUAUGUUUGAAAGUAUAUGGCGUGUGCCGAAGGCUUCAUAUGUGACAGUCAGUGUUUUGGAAAGUUUCGGGAAUAUGCUGCAAAUAAACAACACCAAAUACAUUUUAUGGAUUUGAACCUGAGUAGCUUAGAUAUGUAUGUCAACAUAUAUAUCUAUGCAUUCAUCCAGUCCGAUCUGUUUAUUACCUGCUGUUUAACCCAAUCUUAUAGUUCAAGUUAUGGUGCAAUGCGUGCACGACCCGGUGAUGAUUUUAAAGUCAGCAGUUUUUCACGGCUGUGUGAUGCUAUGUGUCACUCUCGGAGGUUCAUUGAGUUUUCCAGCACAGAGGAAAACAUCAUGGAUGAUGGAGAAUACUAUGCAGUUUAUGCUUUAGUGCCAUGGACUGUGGAUGGAAAGCUUGAGGUGAAGUUCAUCUGGAAUGUAACAAAUAUCAAAGGACCAGUUAUUGGGAGAGGUGAGAAUAACGAGAGAUAUUUAUCUAAUGGUGCUGGUGAGAGACACAUGUAUAUUCUGCUUUUCUCCUACCCUGCAGAGUUUAAAGGGGAUAUAACUAUCAGAGAAAAUGAUAAACUUGUCUUUCCUGAUGACUUUAAAUUACGGGGAAUAUCCUGGUAUCUGUUUGACCACAAGCAUUUUGUUAUUAACGAAAGGGUUUGUAGCGAUACUACUCGGACGUGCGCGCCAAGUGAACCAACAGGAUCAGGAGGAUUUUGGAGAGUAAACAUUGCCUUCAACGGGACAACAUUUGAAAACCCAGCUGAAUCAUCACCAGACCCAGUGGUUUAUUGUCUUGAGAAAACACCACCACCACCUACAACGACUACUCCACCGCCUCCAACGACGUCUGAGAAAAAGUCUCCACCAAACAAGUCUGUCAUGGCAUCAACAAAUGUGGCCGUGUUUGCUUGUAUCAUCCUGUUGUUUAUUCUGAUCUAACAGUUGCUUUAGUCGUCUGAAUGAAUGCUUACCUGUCUUUUUAGUACAGGUAGUUGUCUGUUACAUGACCAAAUUUUUUGUUUAUGGUUUGGACAAUUUAAAUAACCCACAUUGUGAGUGUGCAAUGUCUUCGUAAUGUAUUAAAAUAAUAAAAGUGUAAAGCAUGCACUCACUAGUUAUACCAACAUUUUUACUACAGAUGCAAUGAGAACAAUAUGUAAACAUACGUGCAGUGAUUCAUAAAAAGAAGAAAUCUUUAAAUUAUCGUAGUAUUAGCUAGUUACUCCCUGCGUAGUAGGAGUAUCGGCUAUGUUUGGGCUAGGAAUAGUGAUAUGAUUGAUUUAAGAUUGGUAAAGGUUCUGUAUAUAAUUUUUUUUACUGCAUUUAGUCUGUUUUGUAUGCAAAUGUAAUCCUAUCGAAAGUACGAAAUAAUGUUUACUUUUCAUCCCACACGAACAUUUUUAAAAAUGCCGAUUUUCUCACUUGCCAAGGUAUUCUAAAGAGCUGCGUAAUAACCAUGUGGGUAAUUGUCUAAAGCGUAAUUCACAUGGGGUAGUUGAACGAGGGGUCAUAACCGGGAGGGCGGUUUCUUUUAAUGCCAUAGGCUCAUUUCUGGCUGGUCAGGGACUGGUUAAGUUUAUCUCUGGCGCGGACCAGAGUCGCAUGACCUCUGACCUGUAACACGUUAUUGGUUGUACCAUGCCAGAUAAAUCUAUGUAUUCUUUAAAAACAGUUGAUAUCUAAAUCUAAAAGAUUAUUUUGUUGUCCUUAAAAGUUGUCGAGGAAGUCUAAAAUGAAUACAUUAAGUAGGGUUGCUUCCAAUAGUGGAUAUAUAUAUAUAUUUUUAAAUUACAUUUCAAACGUUAAGACAUUUUCUUUUUUCGAAAUUGCGUCUGUUAUGUUUUAUCUCUAAAACAAAAUUAUCGAUUUAUUUAUCUUUUUGCAAU